AUGGUCGCUCAAUACUACAAUACGAAUUAUUAUAAUAUAAUUGUUGCUGAACCUCCUCCGGUAGCCAUACUAACGUCGUAUUCCGAGCUCAAGAGAAGAAAGUCAAUUCCAAAUUCGGUUCCUCCUACUCCUCCUCCUCUUACUCUUACUUCUUCUUCUUCUUUGUGGGGAAGAUCCAGAUUUAAAUCCUGGGGUUGGGGCACCAGUAGCGGCAGCAGCAUUAUGAGCACUAGUAAUAAUAAGGUGAUUUGGGGCAUGGAAUCAUCAUCUGCCAACAACAUUACCACAACCAAUCAUCUGCGGCAUGUGGAGUCCUUGGCCACAAUGCCUUCUGGCGCUGGAAACAUUCCUCACCUCAACGCCAUCGUUUUGGGAGAAGCACUCGCUUUUGAAGAGAACGAUCUCAUCUUCCCCAGCGACGACUUCUCCCGCCAGGCUCAUGUUCCUUCUCCCCUCAAGUAUCUGGAGAUGUAUGAGAGGUCCAUCGAGGACCCCGCGGGGUUUUGGUCGGAUAUUGCUUCCAGCUUCUAUUGGAAACAGAAAUGGGGCCAACAAGUCUACUUGGAGAAUCUCGAUGUCAGGAAAGGCGAUAUCAGAAUUGAGUGGUUCAAGGGCGGUAUCACCAACAUCUGCUACAAUUGCCUUGACUCAAAUGUUGAAGCUGGACUUGGUGACAAAAUUGCCUUUUACUGGGAAGGCAAUGAGCCUGGUGUUGAUGCCACUUUAACGUACAUCCAGCUUCUCCACAACGUUUGCCAGCUUGCAAACUAUUUGAAAGAUAUUGGAGUUAAAAAGGGUGAUGCUGUUGUGGUUUACUUACCAAUGUUAAUGGAACUUCCAAUCACAAUGCUUGCUUGUGCUCGCAUUGGUGCAGUUCACUCGGUUGUCUUUGCUGGAUUUUCCGCAGAAUCUCUUGCUCAAAGAAUUGUGGAUUGCAAACCGAAAGUUGUAAUCACUUGCAAUGCUGUUAAAAGGGGUUCUAAGGUCAUCCACCUCAAAGAUAUAGUUGAUGCUGCCCUUAUUGAAUCAUCCGAAAGUGGGGUUUCUAUAGAUGUAUGCUUAACUUAUGAAAAUCAAUCGGCUAUGAAGAAGGAAAGUACCAAAUGGAAAGAAGAAAGAGAUGUAUGGUGGCAGGAUGUCAUACCUAAAUAUCCAACUACUUGUGCAGUGGAGUGGGUUGAUGCAGAAGAUCCACUUUUUCUGCUCUAUACUAGUGGGAGCACUGGCAAGCCGAAGGGAGUUGUCCACACAACUGGAGGAUAUAUGGUGUACACUGCAACAACAUUUAAAUAUGCAUUUGAUUACAAGCCAUCUGACAUCUACUGGUGUACAGCUGACUGUGGUUGGAUCACUGGGCACAGCUAUGUCACGUAUGGACCCCUGCUAAAUGGAGCGUCUGCUGUCAUAUUUGAAGGGGCUCCAAAUUAUCCUAAUCCUGGACGCUGUUGGGAUAUUGUUGAUAAAUACCAAGUGACCAUAUUUUAUACUGCCCCCACAUUAGUGCGGUCCCUCAUGCGUGAUAGUGACGAGUAUGUUACGCGAUACUCGCGGAAAUCCUUACGGGUCCUUGGAAGUGUAGGCGAGCCUAUUAAUCCAAGUGCAUGGAGAUGGUUUUUCAAUCUGGUUGGAGAUUCAAAAUGUCCUAUUUCUGACACUUGGUGGCAAACUGAAACUGGUGGCUUUAUGAUAACUCCAUUACCGGGUGCCUGGCCACAGAAGCCUGGUUCUGCUACUUUCCCUUUCUUUGGAGUUCAGGCUGUCAUAGUGGAUGAGAAGGGUGUUGAGAUUGAAGGGGAGUGCAGUGGUUAUCUGUGUGUAAAAAGCUCAUGGCCUGGAGCAUUCCGAACUCUUUACGGUGAUCAUGAAAGAUACGAAACUACUUACUUUAAACCUUUCCCUGGGUAUUAUUUUAGUGGUGAUGGAUGCAGCAGGGACAAAGAUGGAUAUCACUGGCUUACAGGACGGGUUGAUGAUGUUAUCAAUGUCAGUGGACAUCGUAUUGGUACAGCAGAAGUGGAAUCUGCUCUGGUAUCACAUCCCCAGUGUGCUGAAGCUGCUGUGGUUGGCGUUGAGCAUGAGGUUAAAGGACAAGGUAUAUAUGCUUUUGUUACUCUUGUGGAGGGUGUACCUUACAGUGAAGAACUCCGGAAAGGCCUUAUACUGAAUGUCAGAAAGCAGAUCGGAGCAUUUGCAGCACCGGACAAAGUCCACUGGGCCCCUGGCCUUCCAAAAACAAGGAGUGGGAAGAUAAUGAGGAGGAUUCUGAGGAAAAUUGCUUCUAGACAGUUAGAUGAGCUUGGUGACACAAGCACUCUUGCAGAUCCAAAUGUGGUCGAUCAACUUAUUGCUCUCGCAGAUGUGUAG